CACCAACAGUCACUCACUCUUGUCCAGCAGCAGCUCCUCUGCUCCUCUGUGUAUUUUUGUUCCUGGGAACUAUACGGACUCUUAUCUCUGUUAAGGAAUUUUUUGUUGCAUUUUUUUGGGCACUGCAUCAUGGAGCCCACUACGGGGGAAUAUGAUAACAAUUAUGAGUAUUAUGACGAUAAUGAAACAGCCUGUGACUUCUCAGAGUGGGAGCCUUCCUACUCCCUCAUCCCGGUGUUCUACAUGCUCAUUUUCAUCUUGGGCCUGUCAGGUAACGGCGUGGUCAUCUUCACUGUGUGGCGAUCCAAAUCCAAGCGUCGGGCUGCAGACGUCUACAUCGGAAACCUGGCCCUCGCUGACCUCACCUUCGUUGUGACCCUACCUCUGUGGGCUGUGUACACAGCUCUGGGCUACCACUGGCCGUUUGGUGUGGCCCUCUGCAAGAUUAGCAGCUACGUGGUUUUGGUCAACAUGUACGCCAGUGUUUUCUGUCUCACCUGCUUGAGCUUUGACCGCUACCUGGCCAUCGUGCACUCCCUGUCCAGCAGCAGGCUGCGUUCGCGGGGCACCAUGCUGGCCUCCCUGGGGGCCAUCUGGCUCCUGUCCGGCCUCCUAGCUGUUCCCACUCUGCUCUUCCGCACCACUGUGAAUGACCAGAACAGCAAUCGGACCACUUGUGCCAUGGACUUCAGCCUUGUGACCAUGAACCAGAAGCAUGAUUACCUGUGGAUUGCAGGACUCAGCCUGUCCUCCUCUGCCCUGGGGUUCCUCCUACCUUUCCUGGCCAUGACCAUCUUCUACUGCUUCAUCGGCUGCACCGUCACUCGUCACUUCAACAACCUGCGCAAGGAGGACCAGAAGAAGAAGCGCCUGCUCAAGAUCAUCACCACUCUGGUGGUAGUGUUUGCCAUCUGCUGGACCCCCUUCCACGUCCUAAAGAGCAUGGAUGCCCUCUCCUACCUGAACCUUGCGCCGAGCUCCUGCGGCUUCCUGCGUUUCCUGCUGCUGGCUCACCCCUAUGCUACCUGCUUGGCUUACAUCAACAGCUGCCUCAACCCAUUCCUGUAUGCCUUCUUUGACCUGCGCUUUCGUUCCCAGUGUUUGUGCCUGCUCAACCUGAAGAAGGCCAUGCAUGGCCACAUGAGCUCCAUGUCAUCUACUCUCAGCGCCCAGACUCAGAAGUCAGAGGUUCAGUCUCUUGCCACCAAGGUCUAGAGAGCGGGAAGGAGAAGUACAAACAUGACUGCAGGACAGUCCCAGCUCUCAACACUGGAACACUUGUUAAAAAUACAGACUAUGUGUCAGUUGUGUAUGAAGAGAUGAUGAACUUUGAAUUGUCAUUGCCUUCAGUCACAAAUUUCAUAGUAAUGUCCUCCUGUUCUGCAGCGGGACGUCCAAGCUCUGCCGUCUGUGUGGACUUGAGAAGCUGGAGCCAGCUGGCUGAGCUCUGCAGCUGCUUCAGUCUUCAGAUUCUCAGAGAAAAAGUGGGGAAAGUCUAUAUUUUUUGUUUGUUUUCCUCCACAUGAGUUUUCAUUUAUGUCACAUAAAAGAGCACGGUUGUGAAUUUUUGAACUGACUUGCAAAACAGAAAAAAACUUUAUACACUGGAUGAAACACACGUUAUUUUCCUACUAUUUUUGCUCAGCGCUCUGGCUGUUUUUGUUUUAUUAGCACUUGUGAAGACCGAGCGAGCGGAGAUUUCAAACAGAGCUGCGUCCUCUUUACAGCCUGACGUUUGUGAAAACAGAAGGGAGGGAGCUGUAAGGGGAGGAGAGGUGUUGCAGCGUGAUUAUAUAGUUUGUGGAGAAAAGAG